AUGUUUAUAGUUAACAGAAUAAAUAGCAAUACAAUAACUGCAGAAUAAAUAAUGCUGUAAUUGAAAAGUGUACACCCAAGGUAUGCUACUGCCCCUUUAAAGCUAGAACAUAUUUUGUACCCAAUGUUGUGAUACUGUCCAAAUGUCUUCACACACUAUUCAAACCCCAUAAUCAAUAAACAGUUUAUGAAGCUGUCUAUAGAUCACAUAUUGCAAACAAAAAAAUUGAACUCCGCAAUUAGGCAUUUCUGGGAGUCCUUGACUAUCGCUGAUCAAUAUCCAAAAAACAGCACACAUUUCUUCCCGUGAACCUGCAGGAUAUUCUCUCUUGUGGCACCAACGUGAGGAUUUAUGGCAAGAGAAACGGAGCAUCAUCCCUGUCCCAUGAGCAGCGAGCUGGGCUUUCUGCCUGCCAUGUACUCAUUCCCUGGCUUAAUCAAUGUCCCUGAAAUGGGGAUCAAUAUUGGCCCUGCAAAUACCCGUCAACACCUACUGGGAGUGUCGCCCCCAAGCACGAGUUGGGAGAGAAGAUGCCUGAGAAAGCACAGGAGGAGAACAGAGGAUGAAGGAUGCAGUGCCAAAAAGAGGAGGCUGAUGGGAGAUGUAGGAUGUGAUCCUUUGGAUGACCUCAGCCAUAAUGUGUGUCAGAUCUGGCCACCAGGUAACAAUGGCCCCCCUCUACCAGAAUCAGCCAGCCAAGCACCUCCCCAGCACUGCCUGGGGACUCAGAACCUGGGGCUGCCCAUAUCCGGGUCUCCCUCCAGUCUGGUCUGUCCAGAAGCAGAAGGCUCCUGCAUCGAGGUGGAGUCUGCUCAUAGAAAACUGCAGGAGAUUGAGGAAAGGAUCAGUCUGGAGGAUGAUGAUGAUGACCUGGAUGUGGAGCCAGCACCCAGGCGGCCAGUGCUGGUGAUGUCUGACAGUCUGAGGGAGGGGCUUCAGCGUGGCAUCAGUGACAUUCUCCCCCACACUGUGGCCCAGUCUGUGAGCCACUCCUGUAUGGAGCUGGUAGUAUGGCGCCUCCCAGAGGAUGCGCUGUCUCGAAAGCUGAAAGACUCCCUGCAGAGGAAGCAGCAGACUACCAGCAGGCAGCCCCCGACCCCCAGUGCCCCUACCACUCAGAUUCCCCUCACCCCCACAAACCCCUCAGGGGAGACGUACUCCCCUCUGUACUGCAGCCCAGGGGCCGGGGCCCACAGCUCUGGAGACGAGGACAUGGAGCUGUAGGGCUUUUGAGACCCAGCAUCAGGAAUGCCCAGAGUAGCUACAGGUCUCAGCCUUGGUUCACUUGGUUGGACCCUCAGAGAAGCCAUGGAGAGACAGAAAAAAACUACAUAGACAGAUCCAAAACUUCACAGUGAUAUGAACGUCUGCUUUGGAUCAAGACCAGGCUGUUGGGCAGCAUGGCACAUGUAUACCACUUGGCCAAAAGAGGGCAAGUACCCACUUUCUUUGUGUUACAGUCAGAUAAUACUGGAUGUAAAUAGCAACUGCCUCUAAAAAACAACUUCUCAUUUAGAAAACAGCCCUAUGUGUCAUCAAUAUGAGUCAGAAACAUUUAUUCUACUGUCAAAAUUGACUACAAAGUGUAAAUAAACUCAGUCUCAUCAAAAAUAGACUUGUGGUCGUGACUGCAUCACAAUGUAAAUGAAUGUUGGGUUUGUUGUCGUUUUUUCUUCUUACCCAGAGUGGGAAGAACUCAUGGAUACAAUUGUUAUGUCUGCGUGCAGUUUGGAGAUGAUGGAAGUUAGCAUGUCGUUAUCUUUUUUUCUGGAAGUCUCCAGGUCAGAGUAUGUGAGCGGAGCUUGAGUGGGGUGAGGAGCUGACCGUGCCCAUUUGACUGGAGCAUAGAGCGAGAUUCCCAAAGGCUGGAGCAUCAGCCUUCUCGCUCCAAUAGCGCUCACUUCACGAGCUCAGGACAUGCCUGGCCCAGCAUGCAUUUGUAGGCUACUUGUGUGCUGCUAUAUACCCUUGCUUUAGCUACUGUCAUGGAGUUCACUAAAUACUUUCAUAAAGAAACUGAUAAAACACACAGGUGCAAAAUCAAGGUGACUUACAAAGAUGAGGAGCAGGAAAGGGAGUGCAGUGAUGUAGUGUCCUCAACUAAAGAGUCAUUGUGGAAUCUGAAAAGACACGUAUCCCAAAAGCAUGAUGGAGUACUUACUAUGUGCACAUGCUGACAGAAAGGAAUGAGGUGGGUAGCUGGCAAAGUGUGUCAUUGUAGAAAAGUAUUUAUAAACAAAAAAUCUGAUCUCUUAAAUGUUUUGUAAAAAAAAAAAAUUAUCUAUACAAUAGGCCAUCGUUGAUUUUGGUCCAAUAGGCCUGACAUAUUCCCGCUUUCAAGGAGCUUUCUGUUUUGACUGGGUUAUUUUGCCUGAACCUUUAGGCCUACCUAUAUAUAAAAAAAUAGAUACAUCUCUGCCCAGCCUGGCAAGAGUGGCCAAAAGGGUGUUUAGCAUCCCAGUGGCUCUGCAACCGCGGGGAGGAUAUUCUCCGCUGCUGGCCUGCUCUCCAGGCACUAUCGCAUGAGCCUGAAGCCACAAACUGGCCAAUCUCUUGUUUCUAAAAAUGAAUUCAAAGGCACUGAGUCUAAUAAGGCAUUUUUAUUUAAUUUGUAUUUCAUUCUAAGUAAGUCACAGCCAAUAUGUACAAUUUAAUGGCUAUAAUGAUUUAAUACAAUGAAAUACUGACCGCUUUAUGUCCCUACCAGCCUAGUGUUGCACUCGCAAAUGCUUCACAAUGUAUUUCUUUGUAGGCUAUAGCCUUGAAAUAAUAAAAAUAAUAUAGGAGUGCCAGAGUGACUGCACACCUCAGCUCACAUAUUCUGCUCCAGGUAGUACAGUAGCCAGCUCCUCACAACAGCAGGGAAAUAGACCUUCUAACUACUCUAAAGUUGGGUGAUGUUGGUCAUUUUCAGUGCCUUCAGAAAUGAUUCACACCCCUUUACUUUUUCCACAUUUUAUUGUGAUAUAGCCUGAAUGGAAAAUCGAUUCAAUUGAGAUUUUGUAUCACUGGCCUACACAUAAUACCCUACCUAUCAUGUCAAAGUGGAAUUAUAUAUAUAUUUUUAAAAACUUUUACAAAUUAUUACAAAAAUUCAAAGCUUAGUCAAUAAGUAUUCAAUCGCUUGGUUAUGGAUAGCCUAAAUAAAUUCAAGAGUAAAAUGUCACAUAAGUUGCAUGGACUCUAUGUGUAAUCAUAGUGUUUACAUCAUUUUUGAAUGACUAUGUAAUUUCUGUACCCCACUCAUAGAAUUAUCUGUAAGGACCCUCAGUCGAGCAGUGAAUUUCAAACAAAGAUUCCAAUGAAGGGCACCUAUCGGUAGAUUGGUAAAAAAUUAAAAAGCAGACAUUGAAUAUCCCUUUGAGCAUGGUGAAGUUAUUCAUUACACUUUGGAUGGUGUAUUAAUACACCCAGUCACCAAAAAGAUACAGGGGUCCUUCCUAACUCAGGUUCCGGAUAGGAAGGAAACCGCUCAGGGAUUUCACCAUGAGGCCAAUGGUGAUUUUAAAACAGUUUAAUGGCUGUGAUAGGAGAAAACUGAGGAUAGAUCAACAGCAUUGUAGUUACUCCACAAUACUAACCUAAAUGACAGAGUGAAAAGAAGGAAGCCUGUACACAACACAAAUAUUCCAAAAUGUGCAUCCUGUUUGCAAUAAAGCACUAAAGGAAAACUGCAACAAAAAAAAUGUGGUAAAGAAAUGAACAUUAUAUCCUGAAUACAAAGUGUUAUGUUUGGGGCAAAUCCUCUUUAGGUUGUUCCUCUUACCACUCUUUUCAAGCAUGGUGGUGGCUGCAUCAUGUUAUGGGAAUGCUUGUCAUCCGCAAGGACUAGGGAUUUUUUUAGGAUAAAAGAAACGGAAUAGAGCUAAGCACAGGCACAAUUCUAGAGGAAAACUUGGUUCAGUCUGCUUUCUAAUAGACACUGGGAGACAAAUUCACCUUUCAGCAGGAUAAUAACCUAAAACACAAGGCAAAAUAUACACAAGUUGCUUACCAAGACGACCUUGAAUAUUCCUGAGUGGCCUAGUUACAGUUUGGACUUAAAUCAGUUUGAAGAAUUUAAAAAAUAAUAAUAUGCAAAUAUUGCACAAAUACCCAGAUGUACAAUGCUCGUAGAGAAUUAAUUUGCAAACAUUUUGAAAAACAUGUUUUCACUUUGUCAUUAUGGGGUAUUGUGUGUAGAUGGGUGAGGAACUGUUGAAGGAUCUUUAUCAAUAAUGACUAAAUAAUGUAUACAUUUGGUGAAGAGUUAUAACUUACAGAUUUAUAUGCUGUCGGUGGAAGAAUAUGUUGGUUCAUAGGCCAAGAGGAAGGGUCAACAGACCUCGUGAUCACAGUGAAACUAACAACAGGAAAUAUGUCUGGUCCCCAACCAGGGAGGGGAGAAACCGUUGGGCGUGCAGUAGAUUGUGUAACAUAUGGUAACAUAAGAUAAGCAAUGUGUAUGUGUUGGAAUGGAAUUGAAAAGCAGCUUUGUCAUUGUCUUGGAGGAGGAGGGACAUUUAUGACAAAAUGAGAGGUAUAUAAACCAAUGUACAUGAAAUGAUGGUUAGAGCUCUUGGGAAUAAACACUAUUGAUUAAUAUUGA